CCAAGCACUUGUUUAUGACUGCACAGACAUGGCCUUCUCUCCCUAUGGCGCUUAUUGGAGGCACAUAAGGAAAAUCUGCAUACUGAAGUGCUUAGCGCAAAACGGGUUCAGUCAUUUAGUCAUGUCAGGGAGGAAGAAGUUGCUCGUUUAGUUCAUCGGAUUGCAGAGUCUUUUCCAGGCACCACAAAUCUUUCCAAACUGCUCGGUUUAUAUGCAAAUGACGUUCUAUGCCGGAGUGCUUUUGGGAGGGACUUUUCAGCAGGAGGGGAUUAUGAUAAGCAUGGAUUUCAAAAGAUGCUGGAGGAGUAUCAGGAGCUGCUUGGGGGAUUCAGCAUAGGAGAUUUCUUUCCUUCCAUGGAAUUCAUUCAUAGCCUGACCGGGAUGAAAUCUAGACUUCAACACACUUUCAAGCGCUUCGAUAAUCUUUUUGACCAGAUACUGAGAGAACAUUCAAAUGAAAGCAGAGCUACGGAGGCGCAGAAGGAUAUAGUGGAUGUUUUGAUCGAUAUCGAGAAGAAUGGUUACGGUGACAUGCCCCUUACAAGAGCCAAUGUUAAAGCCCUCAUCCUGGAUUUUUUUGCAGGAGGAACAGAUACAACAUUCAUCACUCUUGACUGGGCAAUGACAGAGCUUGUCAUGAACCCAAAAGCCAUCGAAAGAGCACAAGCCGAACUACGAAGCGUCGUGGGAGAGAGACAAUACGUGCAAGAGACUGACCUACCUCAAUUACCAUACUUGAAGGCUAUCAUCAAGGAGGUAUUCCGACUGCAUCCUCCUGCUCCCGUGUUAAUCCCAAGAGAAUCCAUGGAGGAAGUAAUAAUUGAUGGAUACUGCAUUCCGGCAAAAACGCGGUUUUUUGUUAAUGCUUGGUCAAUAGGGCGUGAUCCGCAAUCCUGGGUUGAUCCUGCAGUAUUUCUACCAGAAAGGUUUUUGGAUAGCACCAUCGACUUCAAGGGACAGGACUUUGAGCUGAUACCAUUUGGCGCAGGCCGAAGAAGUUGCCCAGCUAUUACAUUUGGAAAUGCCAGUGUAGAGAUUGCUUUAGCUCAACUUCUUCACAGUUUCGAUUGGCAACUUCCUCCUGGUGUCCAACCAAAAGAUUUGGAUAUGGAAGAAGCUUUUUGGCAUCACAAUGCAUAGGAUCGAAAACCUUGUUGUCGUCGCCAAACCCUGCUUCUCCUAGACAAAGAUGAACAACAAACAAGCUCGCUGAAAAUCUCCUCUUCGUCUUGGUUUAAUAAUAUCUAAGCUUUUGCUUGUUAUGGAAGCUCCGAAAGGAAAUGAAGCUAGAUGCUAUCUAUCGUUAAAGAAUUAAGCAUAUGCUAUAUGUGCUUGGUCUGCA